UUACAUUCGGAAAAAAAAAAAUCCUAAGAAAUCCAAACCCCUCUUUGAAAUCCCAAAGACACCCAAAUCCCAGAAAACGAAGAUCAGGAAAUGAGAAAUCGAAAGCAUAUGGUGAUUGCCUUGACGCUGAUAUAUUGUUUGGGAGCGUUGGGGAGAUGUAAGGGAAGGAAUGGAGAGAAUAUUAAAGGGAUGUUUGUGUUUGGGAGCUCUUUGGUGGACAAUGGGAACAACAAUUACGUGAGGAAUUCAAGUACAAGGGCGGAUUACUUGCCAUAUGGGAUAGAUUUCCUACUGGGUCCCUCUGGCAGGUUCUCCAACGGACGGAAUCCGAUCGACGUGUUGGGAGAGCUCUUGAAGCUUCCUGGGUUCUUGCCUCCCUUCACAGACCCAACUACUAAGGGGAAGAAGAUCGUUCAUGGUGUGAAUUACGCGUCAGGCGGGUCCGGUAUAUUGGACCAAACCGGGCCUGUUACUGGUGGAGUGAUAAGCUUGAACCAACAGAUCUGGAACUUUCAGAAGAUAACAAUACCUGAUUUGCGUCUUCAGCUGGGCCACACACAUCGACAGCUCUCAUCUCACCUCUCCAAAUCUCUAUUUGUGUUGGGGACGGGUGGGAAUGAUUAUCUGUUGAAUUACUUCUCAUCUACUGGGGCUAACCACCAGAUGAGCUUGCAAGAUUUCACAAACACCCUCAUUGCCUCCUUCUCUAAACAGCUCAAGUGGUUGUACGGACUGGGAGGUAGAAAAUUCGUGGUGCUAUCGGUUCAAGUGAUGGGUUGCAUUCCUACGGUGAGAGAGUCGAUAGGCAAUGGUAGCUGUUUCGAGCCAUUCAACGAGGCUGCACUUCUCUUCAACCAACGGUUGAAGUUGUUGGUCGAUGAUAUCAAAACCCAAAUGCCAGCAUCUAACCUGGUUUUUGUCAACUCCUACAAGAUUAUCAAAGACAUUAUUGAUAAUCCCAUCUCCAAAGGAUUCAAGGAGACAAGAAAGGCCUGUUGCGAGAGAUCUUCAAACAAAACGAGUGGAGGGGUAAUGUGCGAGAGAGGUGGCCGCACGUGCGGGGACAGGGCCUCUUACGUGUUCUUUGACGGACUUCAUCCAACGGACGCCGUUAACAAGUGGAUAGCAAAGAAGGCUUACGGUUCUAACCGUAAGUCCGAAGUUUAUCCCAUCAAUGUCAAACAGCUAGUCUGUCUGUAGGCUUAUAUAGACGAGGAAUCAUAGAGUCCUGAUGCAUGAUGCAUCUUAGUGUCCCAAUGGGCCAGUCUUAUAAGUGGGCCCAUGGUUUCGGUGAUUCCAAACCGUUGAUCUUAUGGAUCCUGGUUUCAGCCGUUUAAAUAAAUAAAUAAACUUUAAUUAGUGGCUUAUAACCACUCCAUGAGUGUGGUACAAAUAGACGGUAAAGAUAAAAUGGCAUCAAUGGUCCAUAGAAAUGGACAGAUUAGAUUGAUAGAAUUUUGGAUCAUUCCCCCAUAUAUGGUGAGGAUCAAUUGUCUGGAUGGACGAACCAUGUGCCCCACUUGUAUGCAAUGGGUGCAUUGGGAUACUGUUCACGUUUGGAUGCAUCGGAACCUGUAAUUCCUCCUAGGCUUCUGUUGAAGUGUAAAUUUGUAUGUUUUCCAUUCUCUAGAUUUCACCGAACCAUUAGUUAUCAUGCGUAUCCGUACGUAGGCCAAUAUUCAUUUGACUAUUCAAAAGUUAGCCGAUUGAUCUUAUGGGA